UGAACAUACACGCUCACUCCGGCGCGGAGGCGUUCAACGUUCAACUGGCUACUCCUCCUCCUCCUCGUCUUGCGGGUUCUCCUCAGCGGUCACCACGACCUCCUCGAGCUUUCUGUUCGAAAUUUGGGAACAUUUGAAGACUACCUGCGAUACAUCGCAGUAUGAACGGCAUCGCAGGACCAUCCACGCCUAUGCGUGCCAUUACUUCCACCCUUUCAGCACGUUCUGCCCCGCCAAUACCUCCCGCAACGCAGCCUUAUGAACCACUUGUGAAAGGCGUACUACGACACCGCUUGCUGUACACCAUCCUCGCACCAUCAUUAUUGUAUUCUUGGGCACUCGCCAAUGUCUGGUCAAAAUGGAGCCAAGGCGGUUUCUCGCAUCUAGGGCUCUGGGGGUCGCUGAUUGACUGCAUAUCGCUGUUGACGCUACUUAACGCAGCUGCAAUUUGGCUGCUAGGAGUGGUGCCAGCUUUAGUCGUUCGGAAUAGGUUUCUUACAGCAACACCAACUCCGGCAUCCUCGCCGUCCAAGAUGUUCAGCGCUGCUCUGACGAAGAAGAGCACAACAUACGCUCUAGCGACCUAUCUCGCCUCCGGAGUAUCAUUGCUAGCCAUGCACCUGGUUCUAGCCAACAUCUACGAACCGAGCCCGAGUGGCAACCCGCGGUUCACCCUUUUCGUCAAGUCGAGAAAACACCCAUAUUACUUGAAUGGACGCGUCCUCUAUAUGUUGCUCUCACAAGUCGCAUUGGCGUUUGCGUAUCUUCUACGCACUGUGCUGCUGGAUCGAUUCGCAGUCCGCUGGACGCAGGUUCCUGCAGAGUCCGACGCACCAGAGAAGCAUCCUUUCCGCCUCGCACGAGUGGUGACCACCCUCGUUACCGUCGGUCUCUUCGUUGGCUUCUCGGUCAUCGGAUAUACCGCUCUCUUCGGGCUCGUGCGAUCCGUAGUGCUGCCGUUCGUCUACGCUCUACCAUACGUCUCCCAGUUCAUUCGGCCCUUCACGGCGCACUUCCUGAGAGGCCCUUGGACGCUCACUUUGCUCUUCCGGAACUGGUCACUCGUGUGGCGGACGUUCUUCAUCGGCGUGACCACUGCUGCCUGUUGGGAGCUCGCGGAGAGUCCGUUGGACGAGACUGUCGCUGUCGCGCAAGCUACAGCCGACCCGGCACUCACACUCGUCUCGGGUAUCACCUCGACGGACGGCUUCUUCAAGCAGUUUGCCUACGCGGAGCUGGAACGAUUUGCCAGCGAGGACUCGCCGGCUGCGAGCGCACGUCGGACAGCGUUGUUUGCGGACCAGAAGUACAACCCGAACAUGUGGGCUUGUCUCUGCCGCGAAUCGCUGCUGACGCUCGGAAAGGACUACCAGCUCUUCCUGCGGAGAGGCGAGCCCGCGCCUGCAGCGGCCGCAGCACCUGCGCCCCCAAAGCCAGCAACACCGCUGCCCGCGAAGCCGACCCAGCUGAUCCGCGCGCCCAUCCUCAAGGGCGCGCCCGCCUCGCCCCUGCGCGCCGCGCUCGACACACUCGCGUCCGACGGCCCGCUCUCGACCGUGGUCGCAAGCACCGCGGACGACGCGGCGUCGCACAUCCCCGAGCUCUUUCGCUCCGUCAUGCACGCGAACCCGUCUGCGGAGCGCGCGGCCGAGGCCGUGCACAAGAGCGAGGAGCGCGUCGCGGGCCUUCUCGAGGAGACGCGGACGCGGUGGCACCAGGGCCUGGGCAGCGUCGUGCGCAGCCGCGCGCCCGAGCCUGUGCUGGCGGUCGCGAGCGAGGUGGGUCAUUGGUGGACGAGGGAGCGGGUGAAUCGCAGAGUGGAGAUGAGCUUACCGAAUAGGAGGCUGGAUGCCCUCGUCAUCGGCGUGCUGUGUCACCUCGUGUGCGCGUCGUUGACCGAGGACCGGUACGGCGUCGUCCAGCGAGACAUCCCGAAGAUCCUCGAAGCACUCCUCGCUUUCCUUACUGCGAUCGAGGAGUACCAAGCCGAUGUCAACAAGCUGCAUGUUCCCCUCACACAAGAGGACAUCCAGGAGCUGCCCGUCAAGGAGCUCGCACAAAGGGAACGCGUUGCGAUGGAGGUUGCGCGGGCGGGUGAAGUAUUGGGCGAGGUUAGCGACGCCGUCAAGAGUGGCGUUGGUCAGAUCGCGAGGACGUUCGGCGACAAGCUGGCUGCGUUCAAGUUCCCGCCGCGGACCGCGCAGAAGUUGCAAGGUUUCUUGGACUACGCAUGAGGACGGUGCGAUAUGGCCAGGAAGACUGGUAUUCGGUCAUGCUGUCUGGCUAUGGCAUGGACUCAUGUAUUCAGACUCUUGACAGGGAGAAAUCCUCAGGGUACAUACCCGCGGCCAUCAUGCGCGCUAUAGCGCUAUUGCAAGCGAAGCGACCUUAAGUACUUCGCCUUAAAGUGCGAACAAGUGCAAGAUUA